UUCCCUCCAGCGGCGGAGAGCUUCAUUUUCUGAUCCGCUUUUGUGCUAAAAUGGAGGCUGGCCUCUCGCCCUGAGUCGAUGCGCCUUCCUGGUUGAGGUUUAGAUGUUGACAUGCAAUAAACCCGGAGACAGGAUGGUCGUGGACGCGCCUAAUUCCAACGGGCCCUUUCCGCCGCUGGCUCUUAUGCACUUCAGAGAUGUGGCCCCCGCUGAGCAGGAGAAGCUCUUCAUCCAGAAGCUACGGCAGUGCUGUGUUCUAUUCGACUUCCUGUCCGACCCGCUGAGCGACCUAAAAUGGAAGGAAGUGAAGCGGGCGGCGCUGAGCGAAAUGGUGGAGUACAUCACCCACAACAGGAAUGUCAUCACAGAGCCCAUCUACCCAGAGGUGGUGCACGUGUUUGCGGUGAAUAUGUUCAGAACAUUGCCUCCAUCAUCCAACCCCACCGGAGCGGAGUUUGAUCCAGAAGAGGACGAGCCAACGCUUGAAGCAGCGUGGCCACACCUCCAGCUCGUCUAUGAGUUUUUCCUUAGGUUUUUAGAAUCGCCCGACUUUCAGCCCAACAUAGCAAAGAAAUACAUCGACCAGAAAUUUGUUAUGCAGCUCCUAGAUCUAUUUGACAGCGAGGAUCCCAGAGAGCGAGACUUCCUCAAAACAACCCUCCACCGGAUCUAUGGAAAGUUCCUGGGGCUGAGAGCGUACAUCAGAAAACAGAUCAAUAACAUUUUCUAUAGGUUUAUCUAUGAAACGGAGCACCACAAUGGUAUAGCUGAACUAUUGGAAAUACUUGGAAGCAUAAUCAACGGUUUUGCCUUACCACUAAAAGAAGAGCACAAAAUAUUCCUGUUGAAGGUUCUAUUGCCUCUGCACAAAGUCAAAUCACUUAGUGUCUACCAUCCACAGCUGGCUUACUGUGUGGUGCAGUUUUUGGAAAAGGACAGCACUCUAACUGAGCCGGUGGUAAUGGCUCUACUAAAGUACUGGCCAAAGACUCACAGUCCCAAGGAAGUGAUGUUCCUCAACGAGCUGGAGGAGAUCCUGGACGUCAUCGAGCCGUCUGAGUUUGUGAAGGUGCAGGAGCCUCUGUUCCGACAGCUCGCCAAGUGUGUGUCCAGUCCGCACUUCCAGGUGGCAGAGAGAGCUCUGUACUACUGGAACAACGAGUACAUCAUGAGUCUGAUCAGUGACAACGCAGCCAAGAUUCUGCCCAUCAUGUUCCCGGCUCUGUACCGCAACUCGAAAACCCACUGGAACAAGACCAUCCACGGCCUCAUCUACAACGCUCUGAAGCUCUUCAUGGAGAUGAAUCAGAAGCUCUUUGACGACUGCACGCAGCAGUUCAGGGCUGAGAAAAACAAAGAGAAGGCAAAGUCAAAAGAACGUGAGGAGGCUUGGAUCAAGAUUGAGAACCUCGCCAAGUCAAAUCCACAGUUCUCUAUGUAUGUUGAUUCCUCUGACCUCAAUAGUCCUGUAGCAAUGGAGACGGAUGUCCCUUUGAUAGAAGAUGUUCAGAGGUUAAAAGAGACAGUUGAGGAGGGCGCGACUCAGUUGCAGCAUGAACAGCGGAAAGAGCGACCCAUGGUGCGACGUAAAUCUGAGUUGCCUCAGGAUCUUUACACCACAAAAGCCUUGGAGUCCCACCGCAGAGCUGAAGACAUGUUGACCACCCACGAUGGACUCUAGGUCCCGCCACCUGCCGGCUCUUGGUUCAACUGCCCCUUCUACCCUCGACAGCCAUGGACAUCCACUCGGCCCGUUCGCCAGAACAACACUUAUGACCCCCGCGCUGGGCUCUCAUCCCCGUCCCCCCCAUCUGUUUACCCAGAAUCCUUAGUUCUCCUUCAUUCCCUGCUGCCCCAGUGCAGAAGCUGUAUAUUCACCUCCUUCAGAGUUCUGCUUUCUCAGGUUUUUGUUUUUCAGUUUAGGAAGAGGAGCGGGUGUGUGUUUGUGUGUCUUUAAGCCCUCGCCACAAUCUGCGUGUUCUACUUUUGUUUUCCCUUUUCGGUUCCUCUCACCUGGUUCCUUCAUUCCUUUUUGCAAACGUGUUCACUGAGGAUGAGACGUGGUUUAAUAAUAAGCGACUGACUCACUGUCUAAGGAUCGUCUCUUGGUCUCUGCUUGGUUUUCUUUUCUGUCAAAGGGAACAAAAACAGAACCUGUUGGUCAAAUGAAAGACAAGACUUUCCUGCCACCUGUUGUAUGUUUUCUGUUUUGUUUUUUUUUGCUCAAUCUGAUGGACAUCUUAUCAGUGCCAAGACGUUUGUGUUUUUUGUUGGUUUUGUUUCAUGUUUUUAUCUGGGACACCUGCCUUUGUUUCUGGUCACUGGUGUUUGAAAGUUUGUUAUUUUAGUUUAGCACAUUUAAGACCAAACUGAGGCCUGUCCUUAGCCUUGCAACGUCCAGGAAAGAUGGCGAGGAAAUGGGGAAGUUGUCCUGUGGACAUCUGACACUUUUCCACUUUAUUGUUUUGUGCCAUACGCCGCUCUUUUUAUAUGCUUGCUUCCUUAUGUUCACUGGCGAUGUUUGAGAAAACCAGAUCAUAGUGAUGCCGAGACGGUUCAAACAAUGGUACUCGCUGGGUUUGAGUUGAGCUGAUGAGGGUAAGCCUGGAUGAAAAGCUGCAUUUGCUACCUAAGUUGCAGUGAUAAUGUUCUGGUUUUAUAAAACAUGCACAUGAGCAGAAAGACUGAGAGCAUGGCCGUGUUUAAGGUGAGUGUUGGGUUUUAUAAAAAAAUAUGUUUCCUGUAAACAGGAAUAGAAAUGAUUGUGUACAGGAGAUAUAAUCUUGAUGUUGGGUGGGAGAGGGGCACAGAUCUGUACUGUCACACAGCGUCGUGUGUUUUUUUUCACUAACCGAUGGUUUUAAGCAGCCGUUACGAGUUAGAACCUCUGUUCACCGUCUCCUUCUACAGAGCAUGACGGUGUAUUAGUAUUGUAUGGGAUAAAGAUUUUAAUAUCCUCAUUAUAAAUUAAAAAUAAAUUAAUUUAUUAACAAACAUAUGAGCAGAUAGUAGCUGUGAACAUACUCACGUUAGAUGAUCAGUGAAAUUCCUUGCUGAGAGCAACCAAUAUAAAAGACGUGUGGCAUGUUUGUGUUGCUACCAUUCAUGAAUUCAGUUGCCUGGUUCGUGGGCUCCGUGUUUCGGACACUUCUCAGUGAGGAGCUUGUUUGAAAGUAUCUUCCAGUCAGUACCAUUGUUUAAACUGAGGAGGUCUGCUCUUCAUAUUUGACGUGGUGUAUUUCCUUGUCUUGUCUCUGGAGGUGAGUAGCGUGGAUGUCAGGUGUUCUUUUUCUUUUUGUUCUGUUUUCCUUCCUCUGGCCAUUCAGAAUGCCCGACGCUGAAACAGACUGGUAUCAAAUAUGGCCACAAAAUGCCAGAUAGAUGCUGAAAAUAAACUGACAUUGUGACUUGGCUUGUUAACUGUAUUAAUACUGUAUUUGCUUGAAUGCAAAAAUAUGUAAAUUAAAACUACCAUGUUAAACAUGUACCUUUUACCCUGGAGGAAUGCCAUUCACCAAACGGAUUUCUGUCAUUGCGUUUAUGAAACAGUCCUGCUUGCUGGGAGAAUAUGUUUUAUGGAUUUUAUGAGUUUAAGAUGUUAGAGGUUUAUUUAAAAAAAUGACAAGUCGUCCACAAAUAACGAGAUGAUUUCAAGAUGAUUUGGUGGCUUCUUGUCACUCUGCAGGAUAUUUGCAGAUCUUUUAAUUUUAACACAUUAUUUCCAAAACAUAACUUAAAGUGUCCUUUUGUAUGUGACCUGUACUAUAUGAUUCAUUUAAUAUUGUAUAUAUGAUUUACCUUGUUUCAUGUAGUGUUAUAUAUAAAUAUAUAUAUAUCUAGAUUAAUUUUGUACAAAUUGUCCCUCUGUACAGAAUAAAAAAAACAUCGAUAGCAAGUUAAAGAAGUAAAUCUGGCACAUACUGUCUGAUUUCUCCUGUUUCGGCCGGAUACUUUCAGUUACACAGUUUAGAAAAUGUUCUUAUUUUUCUUAAAAAUAAAAAUCUGCAAAGUUUCCUCCAUCCUCAAAGUAACUGACACAUGUUCAAGCCCGUUGUGUGCUCCUAUCACUGUCUUUAGUGGUGUACAACUAUGUAGAACGAAUAAAGAGACUAUUUGAAUAUAUAUUUUCAA